UACUAGCCUUUAUCUUUCACGAGUAAUAAGUUUCUAAGUUAUAUAAAUUCGUCAACUGGUUCGUGAUAUAGAAAAAUAUGGUUUUAACACUUGAUUUUAAGUUUACCGCUCUGUCUUUAUGAAUUAUCUCAUGAGAACAAGUCGCUCCUUUUCAUUAUUGGCGAACACUUAUUUACAUAAAAUGAUGAAGAAAAAAAAUAUGAAAUACAUCCUUGUCACUGGUGGAGUCAUAAGUGGAAUUGGAAAAGGAGUGAUUGCCAGCAGCAUUGGAAGGAUUUUGAAAAGUAAUGGGUAUGAAGUGACUUCAAUAAAAAUUGAUCCCUACAUCAAUAUAGAUGCUGGAACCUUUUCACCAUAUGAGCAUGGUGAAGUGUUUGUGCUUGAUGAUGGUGGUGAAGUAGAUCUUGAUUUGGGAAAUUAUGAAAGAUUUAUGGACAUAAAGCUACAUCGUGACAACAACAUUACAACAGGAAAAAUCUACCUGGAUGUUAUUAAUAAGGAACGAAGAGGAGACUUUUUAGGAAAAACUGUUCAGGUUGUCCCUCACAUAACUGAUGCUAUUCAAGAAUGGGUGGAAAAAGUGGCCCAUCAACCUGUUUCAUGUGAGCUCCAACCAGAAAUUUGUAUAAUUGAAUUAGGUGGUACUAUUGGUGAUAUCGAAGGGAUGCCUUUUGUAGAAGCAUUUAGACAGUUUCAAUUCAAAGUAAAGAAAGAAAAUUUCUGUUGUGUUCAUGUCAGUUUAGUUCCUCAGCCUAAAGCUACUGGUGAACAUAAAACUAAACCAACCCAAGCCAGUGUACGUGAAUUACGAGGGCUUGGUCUAUCUCCCGACCUGAUUGUUUGCCGAAGUGAAGAUGCAGUCAAUGAAAAUGUUAAACAGAAAAUUUCUAAUUUUUGUCACGUGCCACCUGAACAGGUUAUCUGUCUUCAUGACGUCAGAUCUGUGUAUCAUGUGCCAAUAUUCUUAGAACAGCAAGGACUAGUUGGUUUUUUUCUUGACCGUCUUCAACUCCCAAUACGACAACCUAGUUCAUCAGAAGAGAGCAUUAAACUUUCUGCAGAAUGGAGAAAUUUAGCUGAAAAAUUUGACCAUCUUGUAAGAGAGGUCAAGAUAGCUCUUGUUGGAAAAUACACAUCCUUGGAAGAUGCAUAUGCAUCCGUUUCCAAAGCUUUACAGCAUGCAACUUUACAUUGCAAUUUAAAACUGGAUUUGCAGUUUAUUGCUGCAGCAGAUUUAGAGCGAGAAAUGCAGACAAACAAUCCCAUUCGUUAUCAUGAAGCUUGGCAAAAGCUAUGCAAAGCAGAUGGUGUUCUUGUACCUGGAGGCUUUGGUUCUAAUGGCAUUGAAGGUAAAAUUGCAGCUAUAGAAUGGGCAAGGAAAAACAAAAAGCCCUUUUUAGGAAUAUGUCUUGGAUUUCAAUUAGCUGUUGUAGAAUUUGCCCGAAAUGUAUUAGGAUGGGAAGAUGCUCAUACUAUUGAAAUAACACAAGAUAAAGCUAAGAAGAAUGUGGUUAUUGAAAUGGAAGAGCAUCAUACAGGAAUAAUGGGAGGAACCAUGAGGCUAGGGAAAAAAGCGACUAUGUUCAAAACACAAGAUUCAAUAUUGUGGAAGUUAUAUGAUAAAAAACAGUUCAUAGAAGAAAGGCAUCGACAUAGGUAUGAAGUAAAUAAAGCUUUUGUGCCAGAAAUGGAAAGAGCAGGGAUGAAAUUUGUUGCAGAAGAUGAAAGUGGUGAAAGAUUAGAAAUUUUAGAAGUUGAAGAUCAUCCUUAUUUUGUUGGAGUACAAUUUCAUCCAGAAUAUAUAUCUCGACCACUAAAACCUUCUCCACCUUACUUAGGACUAAUUCUAGCAUCUAGUGGUAGAUUAUAAAAUUGAAUAAAAUAGAUUCUAAUCUAUA